CAUUCUCCCACCACUCGCUCGUCUUGCUCAUCUCUUGUCAUCUCUUGUCAUCUCUGGACAUCUACUCUCUCUUUCUUUCUCAUCCACUCUCUCCUCCUCCUCAUCAUCCAAGUAGCCUGCCUCCCCCUCGCUUCCACCAUGUCGGCCCCCCGUCGUCCAGGUGGUGCCCGCCCUAAUCCCAGCUCCGCCGCAUCCCACCUCCCCCCUACCCCACCCACCUACCAGAACGGCUCUCCCUCACCCUCCUACUACCCUCCUCCUUCAUCCCGUGCUGCCCCUCCUCCUCCGCCCCGCGUCGUCAUCCCGGAAGGCAAUGUCCCCGGUAUCGUAGUCGACCAGGCUGGACAGGGUGGGUGGCACACACCUAGCCCACUUCCAUCGCUUGCCACGAGACCACGAGCGCUACCCUCUCCACGAGCGCUACCCUCUCUUGCAACGGCUGGACCUCAGGCUGCAUCGUCGUCUCGUCCGAAACUCAAGCUCCCGUCUGCGACUGCGCCCGUCGUCCCCACGCUUCCCCCCCUCCCCACGGGUGGGCCUGCACUCCCCAGACUGGCAACUUGCGUCCCUUCUCCGGGGAUGACGCCCGGUGGCCGGUCGCAGUCAUUGUCCGCCACACCUUCGGCGGCGCGCCGAGGUGGAUUGACGAUCGAGAUGCCGGUAGGCCCAUCGCGAGACCAGCAGUUCCAGGAGCACGAAGAGGACGGCCGCAACAUGAUCUUGACUCCCGUGCCGAACCAAGAGACCGUCAUGCCGAGGCAACGCGUGCGCCCUCCGUUCAACCAGGCCCAGAGUGAUGCGCAGAUGAUGCAGGAGCUCCGUCAGCAGGUUGGGCAGUUGAAAAUCAUUCCACCUCCAACACCACCAAUUUCUGGCGAUUCGGCCUCGAAUCAUUCAAUAUCUCCUCCACAGGCCCACCAGAGCCCGAACAGUAGCAGCAGCAGUCGCCCGGCGUCGAUCCAUGACGCCACAGGGGGCUCGAUUGACCCGUCCGACCUCGUCGUCAUUAAGAGCUUAGGAGAGGGUGCAGGAGGUGCGGUACACCUGGUCCAAUCCCGCAGGGAUGGCUCUAUCAUGGCGCGCAAGGUCAUUUCCCGCACCGCCGACCCAGCCAUUCACAAGCAGAUUCUUCGCGAACUGGCGUUCUUUUCGUCUACAAAAUCUCCCUACAUUGUGGACCACUACGGAGCCUUCCUGGCUGACCACGACUCGCAGAUUUGCAUCCUCAUGGAGUACUGCGAGGGUGGGUCACUUGACUACAUCAUCGGCAAGCUCAGGAGCCGUAACAUCCCUUUCCCCGAGCAUGUCAUUGGUCGCGUAGGCAGCUCAGUUCUCCGCGGCCUCGACUACUUGCACACGCGUAAGAUUAUUCACCGUGAUAUCAAGCCCAGCAAUAUCCUCCUUACGCGGGACGGUGCAAUCAAGCUGUGUGACUUUGGCGUGUCUGGCGAGCUGGUCGACUCGCAUGCGGGAACCUUUACGGGGACAUCGUACUACAUGGCGCCCGAGCGCUUGACGGGCAAGCCGUACUCGAUCCGCUCGGACGUGUGGUCGCUCGGUUUGACUCUACACGAGCUGGCGCACUUGCGCUUCCCGUACGGCAAGGGACUGUCGCCGGUUGAAUUGCUUAUGUCCGUCCUACAUGCCCCUCUACCUACCAUGAUCGACAGCCCGGAGAAGGGCAUUUUCUGGCGUCCGGAAAUUCGCGAUUUCAUGGACAAAGACAAUACGAGCUCCAUUGACACAAGCCUUAUACGGGAUGGCACGCUUCGCCCGUACCCGCGCGAGUUGUUGAGUCACCCCUUCAUCCGGCACAGCGAGGCUAUGAACUUCAACAUGGCCCAGUGGGUCGCAACGCUGUUGGCUCCCGCGUGAUGGACAGUGUUGCGUCUGCCACCUCAUGCGACGCCCCCAAUGUCUUCUAGCUC